UAAAGAUGCUUCAAGUGCUGUACUUACCAGCAGUUUUGAUGAGAAAAUAAAUACAUUAGGAUUAAGCAAGGACAACCUUAUCGACACGCUGAAAAGGAAUAUGGAGAAAUGCCAAAAUCUAGUGUUGGAAUAUAAGCAGCAAAUUGCAAGCCUGGAGAAAAAAAUAACUAAAUUAGAGUUUCAAAGAUGUGAAAGUUCUAUAAGACAUCAUGAAAUAAGUUGGAAACAUAACAGAGAACAGUUGCUAAAUGAAAAGUUGGAACAGGUCCUGCAGCGCAUCCUCGCGGAAAUACAAAAGAUGAGGAACGAUGGAACGCUUCCAAAAACAGAAGCCGAUAAUCUUCUUUCGUUGAUACACGUGCAGUUCGAGCGGUUCGAAGAAACGAACAAUAAAACCGUUGCUGCUAUUACAUCAGGUUCACAAAACGUGUAACUUUUUUAAAUAUUUUUUCAAUGGAAUACAUAACGGAAACGCAAAAGAAAAAAUAUGAAGCCAUAUUGUCCCAAAUUGACAGUGAGUUUGAAAAAAAGAAAAGACUGGAAGAUGAAAUUUCCGCAGAAAACAAUAAAAUUAUUGCCGUCAGCAUAGCAAAAAGAAAAAAUGUUUGUGUCAAGAAUAUCUUUAGGACAGAUGUGAAGGUGUUUGACUCAGUGUUUCAAAUUUAUGAAUUGUACGACAGUGAAAUUUGUCUAAGUGAAUUAAACGAGUUAGCAACAUAUCUUAACAAAAAUUAUUACUUGGUAACAGUGUUCAUUUCUAAGAAUUUUGUUGAUCUAAUUUUAAAUCAGAAAUGGUUCAUUAGCGUUCGUGUUAAAAAUUCACAAGCUUGUGCGAUGAAAAACGUAAACAUUUCAACUGAACAUAAGCUACCCUUUAAAAUUAUCUUACCAUUUGAGAAAUCUUUAGAACCAACAAAAGUCGAUGUGACAUUGUUUGUGAUAUUAGGAUCUACCUGGACUCCCAUUAAUGUUUCGUCAACUCUAGUGGACAUUUCUUAUCAUUUUCGACCUCAUACUCAAGAGGAAUCAUUAACGUUUAAAAAUAGAAUGUAUUCAUUACUUAGUGGGAAUAAUUAUAGCAGCCAUCUGUUUACUAUGCCAAAAUUAGAGUAUGAAUUUAGGUGUAAAUGUUCAGUAAAACAUUUUUUCAACGUCAUUACUGCAAACAGCUAUUACAAAUUAAACAGUAAAAUAUUUUCAUCCUUUACUGCUGAUCAGAAAGAUACGAUAAAGGUUAAGUUAUCAACCGGAACCAAUUCCGUUGAAAUUGAACUGGAUAACAAAGAGAACAAUUUAAAAAUCACUUCAUCAAAUAGCGAAGAAUUAUCCUUAAUCAAGGAGUACAUCAUAGAUAAUCUUCAGUGCCAGAAUUUGGAGGUAGAGAAAGUGUGGCUCAUAACAUUGAAGAACUUACGAUAUUACGUUCGAAGCGAAAUGUGCCAGGAGGAGAUAAAGUUUGAAAAUUUGAAGAUAAUUUACGAAGAAUUGAAUAAAUUGAAAUAUUGUCUUCCUGUUUAAUGACCUAAAAUAUUUUGUACCUUAUAAAUAAUAAAUGAGAAUAAUUAUUACAGUU